AUGAUGGCUGCCUCUCAAACUCAAUCUCUUUACAGUUCUCUUCAACUCACCCACAAAGUCGUGCAGACGUCCUCAGGUUCCGAUGUGCACUGCUACAUCUCGGAUCUAGGUCCAGACGCUCCUAUCUUGGCUUUGAUACAUGGCUACCCUCAAUCUGCUUAUGAAUGGCGUCAAGUUGUCCCGGCUCUGAGAGGUGAAGCAUCUCUCUUUGUCCCAGAGCUUCCUGGGUACGGCAUCUCCACGCCAAUAAGGCACAUAACCGCAAACACCAAACGUUCCGUAGGACGCGCCCUUUUGGAAGCACUUUCCGUCGUCUUCGACACGACAGCUUCCCAGACCCCCCGCAAAGUCGUUCUAGCGGGACACGACCGUGGCGCCCGCAUCUCUCACCGCCUGACCGUCGACUUCACGUUCCCGACUGAGACUCCGUCCUUUUAUUCGACGCUCAACCUCGUGGUGGUGGGAACUGUGCUGCUCGACAUUAUCCCUACCUUACAACAAUGGCAAGCUUUCUCCGACCCGGUCGUCUGCUCAGGAGCCUUCCACUGGCCGCUCCUGGCCAACCCCGACGUCGCGACCGACCUCAUCCUCGCCUACGGCGGCGAUCGCUGGUGCAAAACCGCGCACACGCGCCUUGCAGGCCCGAACCCGGAGUCUAUCGGCCGUGUUUCUGCGAAUAACGCCUUGGACAUCUACGCCGAGCUCUUCAGGGAGCGUGAGACCAUAUAUUACACCGCCCUCGAUUAUGCCGCCGGCGCUGCCCCUGAAGCCGACGAGCAAAAGGAAGACCAAAAGGCCGGUCGAAAAGUCGGCGUGCCACUGCUUGUCAUUUUCUCCGAGGCUCGUUUGGGGUCAAGCGUUGACGUGGCAGGCGUCUGGAAGGAUUGGAUCGCCGAUGGUGUUGAUCUGGAAGGCUACGGCGUCGGCGAAGGCCGCGGACACUAUUUGCCGGAGGAAGCAUAUGAGAUUGUGAGCCCAAAGAUCGCGACAUUCAUCAACAAGGUCACUGGGAGCGCGUCGCUGGCAUGA